AUGUUGGAACAUCAAUGCAACCAAAAUUUGGAUCAACUCUUUACGGCACUUCAUGGUGUUAAAUUGGCUAUAUUCGACCCUUUAUUUUGUGAGCAAAAAAUAAAAUCGGAACUUCCAUUUUUGGUUGCUAGAAAUGCUGUCGCUUGGUCUUAUGAAGAACAAAAGCAAUUAGUUGAUGAAUUUAUUAACAAGAAAGAUAGAACAUCUCCAAUUCCGGAAAGACAACCAAUUGAUCUUAAAAACGAGAAAACUUCAAAAGAACGUCAAAAGCAAAUAAAAGAAAAUAAGAGAAUCCAGACUGAAGCUAAAAUACAGGCGAUGAUUGAAGAAUUCAAAAAACUUAAUUUGUGCUCUUAAAAAGUACCGGAUAUUGAUGAGAAGAGGACCAAUAAUUUUACGAGUAUUAUUUUUCUUAAAUUUAAAUGUAUAGACAUGGCCUAUAUACUGUAU